GGGGCGGUGGGGGAGGUGCCUGAAGACCAAGUAGACUGGAUGCCGUGCGCUCUGACUUGCCGCCACCAUGUCAGGGACGGUCACUAUCCUCCAGCAGUUUGCCAGCGGCCUCAAGAGCCGCAACGAAGAGACCAGAGCAAAAGCCGCCAAAGAUUUGCAGCAUUAUGUCACCAUGGAACUCCGCGAGAUGAGUCAAGAGGAAUCCACUCGUUUCUACGACCAGCUAAAUCAUCACAUCUUUGAGCUGGUCUCCAGUUCAGAUGCAAACGAGAGGAAAGGAGGCAUUUUGGCCAUAGCAAGCCUCAUUGGCGUGGAGGGAGGCAACGCCACUCGCAUCGGCCGGUUUGCCAACUACCUAAGGAACCUCCUCCCUUCCAAUGACCCUGUCGUCAUGGAGAUGGCCUCGAAGGCCAUUGGGCGCCUGGCCAUGGCAGGAGACACCUUCACAGCGGAAUAUGUGGAGUUUGAAGUCAAGCGGGCGCUGGAGUGGCUGGGAGCUGACAGGAACGAAGGCCGGAGGCACGCGGCGGUCUUGGUCUUGCGGGAGCUGGCCAUCAGCGUCCCCACAUUCUUCUUCCAACAAGUGCAGCCGUUCUUUGACAGCAUCUUCGUUGCUGUGUGGGAUCCGAAACAGGCCAUUCGCGAGGGGGCGGUUUCUGCCUUGCGAGCCUGCCUUGUCCUCACCACCCAACGGGAGUCGAAGGAGAUGCAGAAGCCGCAGUGGUACCGGCAAACAUACGAGGAGGCUGAGAAGGGUUUUGAUGAGACUGUGGCCAAAGAGAAGGGUAUGAAUCGGGACGACCGAAUCCACGGUGCCUUACUGAUCCUUAAUGAGCUGGUGAGAAUCAGCAGCAUGGAGGGAGAGCGUCUUAGAGAAGAGAUGGAGGAGAUCACGCAGCAGCAGCUGGUGCACGACAAAUACUGCAAAGACCUGCUGGGCUUUGGGACCAAACCUCGCCACAUCACCCCCUUUGCCAGCUUCCAGUCUUUCCAACCCCAGCAGUCGAAUGCUCUGCUGGGGCUGCUGGGGUACAGCCCCCUUCAGGGAAUUGUGGGCUUCAGUGCAUCGCCCGUCCCAGUGAAGACCACCUUGGUAGAGAGCCGGUGCUGCAGAGAACUAAUGGAAGAGAAGUUUGACCAGGUGUGCUAUUGGGUUCUGAAGUGCCGAAGCAGCAAGAACUCCCUGAUCCAGAUGACGGUCCUCAGUUUGCUGCCCCGACUGGCAGCUUUCCGACCUUCUGCUUUCACAGCUGACCACUACCUUCCGGACACCAUGAACCACGUCUUGAGCUGCGUGAAGAAAGAAAAGGAGCGCACAGCGGCUUUCCAGGCCCUGGGCUUGCUUUCUGUGGCUGUGCGGUCAGAGUUCCAGGUCUACCUGCCCAAGGUCUUAGAAAUUAUCAAGGCUGCCCUCCCUCCGAAGGACUUUGCCCACAAGAGGCAGAAGUCAAUGCAGGUGGAUGCCACAGUCUUUACCUGCAUCAGUAUGCUGGCUCGCGCAAUGGGGCCCUCUAUCCAGCAAGACAUCAAGGAGCUGCUGGAACCCAUGCUGGCCGUGGGACUGAGCCCUGCUUUGACAGCCGUGCUAUAUGACUUGAGCCGCCAGAUCCCACAGCUGAAGAAGGAGAUCCAGGACGGGCUGCUGAAGAUGCUGUCCCUGGUCCUCAUGCACAAGCCCCUGCGCCACCCGGGCAUGCCCAAGGGGCUGGCCCACCAGCUGGCUUCCCCCAGCCUCACCAACAUCCCCGAGGCCAGCGAUGUGGGCAGCAUCACGCUGGCGCUCCGCACUCUGGGCAGCUUUGAAUUUGAAGGCCACUCUCUGACCCAGUUUGUCCGUCACUGCGCCGAUCACUUCCUCAACAGUGAGCACAAAGAGAUCCGGAUGGAGGCAGCUCGCACGUGCUCGCGUUUGCUGACACCGUCCAUUCACCUGAUCAGUGGGCACGCCCAUGUGGUCAGCCAGACGGCAGUGCAGGUGGUGGCAGAUGUCCUCAGCAAACUGCUGGUGGUGGGGAUAACAGAUCCAGACCCCGACAUCCGCUACUGUGUGCUAGCUUCCCUGGACGAGCGGUUCGAUGCACACCUGGCCCAGGCAGAGAAUUUGCAGGCUCUCUUUGUAGCCCUGAACGACCAGGUGUUUGAAAUCCGUGAACUCGCCAUCUGCACCGUAGGCCGGCUGAGCAGCAUGAACCCCGCUUUUGUCAUGCCGUUUCUGCGCAAGAUGCUGAUUCAGAUCCUAACUGAGCUGGAACACAGUGGUGUUGGCAGGAUUAAGGAGCAGAGUGCCAGGAUGUUGGGUCACUUGGUCUCUAACGCCCCACGGCUUAUUCGCCCCUAUAUGGAGCCCAUUCUCAAGGCGCUGAUUGUGAAACUGAAAGACCCUGAUCCCGAUCCAAACCCUGGGGUGAUCAAUAACGUCCUGGCUACCAUAGGCGAGCUGGCACAGGUGAGCGGGCUGGAGAUGAGGAAGUGGGUGGACGAGCUCUUCAUCAUCAUCAUGGACAUGCUGCAGGACUCCUCCUUGCUAGCUAAGAGACAGGUGGCCCUCUGGACGCUGGGCCAGCUGGUGGCCAGCACUGGCUAUGUGGUGGAACCCUACAGGAAGUACCCAACUCUCUUGGAGGUGUUGCUGAACUUCUUGAAGACGGAGCAGAACCAGGGCACCCGGAGAGAGGCCAUCCGCGUCCUUGGUCUCUUGGGGGCCUUGGAUCCCUACAAGCACAAAGUGAACAUUGGCAUGAUCGACCAGUCACGGGACGCUUCGGCUGUCAGUCUGUCGGAGUCCAAAUCCAGCCAAGAUUCUUCUGACUACAGCACCAGCGAGAUGCUGGUCAACAUGGGCAACCUCCCCCUUGAUGAGUUCUACCCGGCCGUCUCCAUGGUAGCACUGAUGAGGAUCUUCCGGGACCAGUCCCUGUCGCACCACCAUACGAUGGUGGUCCAAGCCAUCACUUUCAUUUUCAAGUCCCUGGGGCUCAAGUGCGUGCAGUUCCUUCCUCAGGUCAUGCCCACCUUCCUCAAUGUUAUUCGGGUUUGUGACGGUGCCAUCCGGGAGGUAAAAGAAGAUGGUGACAGUGUACUGGGAAAAAGAGCUGAGUUCCUGUUUCAGCAGCUGGGGAUGUUGGUGUCCUUUGUGAGAAGCCACAUUCGGCCCUACAUGGAUGAAAUUGUCACCCUCAUGAGAGACUUCUGGGUUGUGAACAACUCAAUACAGAGCACCAUUAUCCUCCUCAUUGAGCAAAUCGUGGUGGCCUUAGGUGGGGAGUUCAAGCUCUAUCUGCCUCAACUCAUCCCUCACAUGCUGCGGGUCUUCAUGCAUGACACCAGCGGCACCCGCACCGUCUCCACCAAGCUCCUGAAUGCCAUCCAGCUAUUCGGAGCCAACCUGGAUGAUUACCUGCAUUUACUGCUUCCUCCCAUAGUAAAGCUCUUUGAUGCACCAGAUGCCCCGCUGACAGCUCGCAAAGCUGCCUUAGAAACUGUGGACCGCUUGACAGAGUCUCUGGACUUUACCGAUUACGCCUCACGGAUUAUCCACCCCAUAGUGCGGACCCUUGACCAGAGCCCAGAGCUCCGGACAACUGCCAUGGACACGCUGUCAUCACUAGUCUUCCAGCUUGGGAAGAAGUAUCAGAUUUUUAUCCCGAUGGUGAACAAAGUCUUGGUGAGGCACAGGAUCAACCACCAGCGGUAUGAUGUUCUCAUCUGCCGGAUUGUGAAGGGCUACACUCUCGCCGAUGAGGAAGAAGACCCCCUCAUCUACCAGCACCGAAUGCAGAGGAGUAACCAAGGAGAGGCGUUAGCCAGCGGCCCAGUGGAAACAGGUCCAAUGAAGAAGCUGCACGUCAGCACUAUCAACUUGCAGAAGGCCUGGGGAGCGGCGAGGAGAGUUUCCAAAGAUGACUGGCUGGAGUGGCUGCGACGGCUGAGCCUGGAGCUGCUGAAAGAUUCCUCGUCGCCGUCCCUGCGCUCUUGCUGGGCUCUGGCCCAGGCCUACAACCCGAUGGCCAGAGAUCUUUUCAACGCUGCCUUUGUUUCAUGCUGGUCUGAACUGAAUGAAGACCAGCAAGAUGAGCUGAUCCGGAGCAUUGAGUUGGCGCUGACCUCUCAGGAUAUUGCAGAGGUCACACAGACCCUGCUGAAUUUGGCGGAGUUCAUGGAGCACAGUGACAAGGGUCCGCUGCCGUUGGGGGAUGACAAUGGCAUCGUCCUGCUGGGGGAGCGAGCUGCCAAAUGCAGGGCCUACGCGAAGGCCCUGCACUACAAAGAGCUGGAGUUCCAGAAGGGUCCAUCGCCUGCUAUCUUGGAGUCCCUCAUCAGCAUUAACAACAAGUUGCAGCAACCUGAGGCCGCGUCUGGGGUGCUGGAAUAUGCCAUGAAACACUUUGGAGAGCUGGAAAUCCAGGCAACCUGGUAUGAGAAACUGCACGAGUGGGAAGAUGCUCUGGUGUCCUAUGACAAGAAGAUGGACACGAACAAGGAUGACCCAGAGCUGAUGCUGGGGCGCAUGCGUUGCCUGGAAGCCCUGGGGGAAUGGGGUCAGCUCCACCAACAGUGCUGUGAGAAAUGGACGUUGGUGAACGAUGAAACCCAGGCCAAAAUGGCUCGGAUGGCAGCCGCUGCUGCUUGGGGUUUAGGUCAGUGGGACAGCAUGGAGGAAUACACCUGCAUGAUCCCGAGAGACACCCACGACGGCGCCUUCUAUCGGGCUGUGCUGGCACUGCAUCAGGACCUCUUUUCAUUGGCCCAGCAGUGCAUCGAUAAAGCCCGAGACCUCUUAGAUGCUGAGCUGACAGCUAUGGCAGGAGAGAGCUACAGCCGCGCAUAUGGGGCAAUGGUAUCCUGCCAGAUGCUGUCAGAGUUGGAAGAAGUUAUCCAGUAUAAACUUGUACCAGAACGACGUGAGAUCAUCCGCCAGAUCUGGUGGGAGAGGCUGCAGGGCUGCCAGCGGAUCGUUGAGGACUGGCAGAGGAUACUCAUGGUCCGGUCCCUUGUUGUCAACCCCCACGAGGACAUGAGAACGUGGCUCAAGUAUGCCAGUUUGUGCGGCAAGAGCGGGAGGCUGGCAUUGGCCCACAAGACCCUCGUGUUGCUCCUGGGAGUGGACCCGUCCCGGCAGCUGGAUCACCCCUUGCCAACUGUUCAUCCUCAGGUGACCUAUGCAUACAUGAAGCACAUGUGGAAAAGCGCCCGCAAGAUCGAUGCGUUCCAACACAUGCAGCACUUUGUUCAGACCAUGCAGCAACAGGCGCAGCACGCCAUCGCCACCGAAGACCAGCAGCACAGGCAGGAGCUCCACAAGCUCAUGGCACGCUGCUUUCUGAAACUGGGCGAAUGGCAGCUGAACCUCCAAGGCAUCAACGAGAGCACCAUCCCCAAGGUCCUGCAGUAUUACAGUGCCUCCACCGAGCACGACCGCAACUGGUACAAGGCUUGGCAUGCCUGGGCAGUAAUGAAUUUCGAGGCGGUGCUUCACUACAAACACCAGAACCAAGCCAGGGACGAGAAGAAGAAGCUGCGCCACGCCAGUGGGGCCAGUGUCACCAGCGCCAACACCGAAGGCAGCAAUAGCGAGAGCGAGGCGGAAAGCACCGAGAACAGCCCCGUCCCGUCGCCUGUGCAAAAGAAGGUGAUGGAGGACUUGUCCAAGACUCUCCUGAUGUACACGGUUCCUGCUGUCCAGGGCUUCUUCCGGUCCAUCUCUUUGUCCAGAGGCAACAACUUACAGGAUACGCUCAGGGUCCUUACUUUAUGGUUUGACUACGGCCACUGGCCAGAAGUGAACGAAGCUCUUGUUGAAGGGGUCAAGGCCAUCCAGAUAGACACCUGGUUACAGGUGAUUCCUCAGCUCAUUGCGAGAAUCGAUACUCCUCGUCCUUUGGUUGGUCGACUUAUUUACCAGCUUCUCACAGAUAUCGGCAGGUACCACCCACAGGCUUUGAUCUAUCCGCUGACUGUAGCUUCAAAGUCGACUACAAUAGCCCGUCACAGUGCUGCCAACAAAAUCUUGAAGAAUAUGUGCGAACACAGCAACACACUGGUCCAGCAAGCCAUGAUGGUGAGCGAAGAGCUGAUCCGUGUGGCCAUCCUUUGGCACGAGAUGUGGCACGAAGGGUUGGAAGAGGCGUCCCGUCUCUAUUUUGGGGAGAGGAACGUGAAGGGGAUGUUUGAAGUGCUGGAGCCACUGCAUGCCAUGAUGGAGCGGGGGCCACAGACUCUCAAGGAGACCUCUUUCAAUCAGGCUUAUGGCAGAGAUCUAAUGGAGGCUCAGGAGUGGUGCCGGAAGUACAUGAAGUCAGGAAACGUCAAAGACCUCACCCAAGCCUGGGAUCUGUAUUACCACGUCUUCAGGCGUAUAUCUAAGCAACUGCCUCAGCUGACCUCCUUAGAGCUCCAGUACGUUUCUCCCAAGCUCCUGAUGUGCCGAGAUUUGGAACUGGCCGUCCCAGGAACAUACGACCCCAACCAGCAAAUCAUCCGCAUUCAGUCCAUUGCGCCCUCCCUGCAGGUGAUCACAUCCAAGCAGAGACCAAGGAAGCUGACUUUAAUGGGAAGCAACGGGCAUGAAUUUGUGUUCCUCCUGAAGGGUCACGAGGACCUGCGUCAGGACGAGAGAGUGAUGCAGCUCUUCGGCCUCGUGAAUACUCUGCUCGCAAAUGACCCGACAUCCCUCCGUAAAAACCUCAGCAUACAGCGAUAUGCAGUGAUUCCGCUGUCCACGAACUCUGGCCUUAUAGGCUGGGUGCCCCACUGUGACACUCUGCAUGCGCUCAUCCGAGACUACAGGGAGAAGAAGAAGAUCCUGCUCAACAUCGAGCACCGUAUCAUGCUCAGGAUGGCUCCGGAUUAUGACCACUUGACACUGAUGCAGAAGGUAGAAGUGUUUGAGCAUGCUGUGAACAACACAGCUGGAGAUGAUCUAGCUAAACUUCUGUGGCUGAAGAGCCCCAGCUCUGAGGUGUGGUUUGACAGGAGAACAAAUUAUACUCGUUCACUCGCAGUGAUGUCCAUGGUUGGCUACAUCUUGGGUCUUGGUGACAGGCACCCGUCCAACCUUAUGCUUGACAGACUGAGCGGCAAGAUUCUGCACAUUGACUUUGGGGAUUGCUUUGAGGUUGCGAUGACCAGGGAGAAGUUCCCUGAGAAGAUUCCUUUUAGGCUGACGAGGAUGUUAACCAAUGCCAUGGAGGUGACUGGCUUAGAUGGCAAUUACAGAAUCACCUGCCACACUGUGAUGGAAGUCCUGCGCGAACACAAGGACAGCGUCAUGGCGGUGCUGGAAGCCUUUGUGUACGACCCCUUGUUGAACUGGAGGCUGAUGGACACAAAUACAAAAGGCAAUAAGCGAUCGCGAACACGGACGGACUCCUACUCGGCUGGCCAGUCAGUAGAAAUGCUGGACAGCGUGGACCUGGGUGAAACGGCCCAUAAGAAAGCUGGGACCACCGUGCCUGAAUCCAUCCAUUCCUUCAUAGGGGACGGCCUUGUGAAGCCAGAGGCCUUGAAUAAAAAGGCCAUACAGAUCAUCAACAGGGUCCGUGAUAAGCUCACAGGGCGAGACUUCUCCCACGACGAAACGCUGGAUGUCCCCACGCAAGUGGAGCUGCUGAUCAAGCAGGCCACCUCCCAUGAGAAUCUCUGCCAGUGCUACAUCGGAUGGUGCCCUUUUUGGUAG